GCCUUAUAAGCGUCGUUCAGCGCCGCUUAGCGUUUAGGGUUUAUCGGUUUGCUGCAGUUUCGUCGCGCUGUGAAGAUGCAGGUCUUCGUGAAAACCGGGAAGACCAUCACUCUCGAGGUCGAGAGCAGCGAAACAAUCCACAAUGUGAAGUGGAAGAUCCAGGACAAGGAAGGAAUUCCACCGGAUCAGCAGCGGCUGAUCUUUGCCGGGAAACAGCUUGAAGAUGGACGAACUAUGGCGGAUUAUAACAUACAGAAAGAAUCGACUCUGCAUUUGGUGCUGAGGCUCAGGGGUGGUAUUAUUGAGCCCUCUCUUAUGGCCCUUGCUAGGAAAUACAACCAGGAUAAGAUGAUCUGCCGCAAGUGUUAUGCAAGGCUGCAUCCACGGGCUAUUAAUUGCAGGAAGAAAAAGUGUGGACACAGCAACCAGUUGAGGCCUAAGAAGAAGAUCAAGUAAACAAUGUUUCAGUUCUAAAAUGUUAAUUAUAUUUUUAUGUUCCUGACUGUUUUAUUGGAGCACUUGCCUUGUUGCCAUGCAGACUAUUGACUAUUUUAGUUGUUUUCUGUUCAACUUCUGA